AGCUACCCAUCAAACUUUCCAUUGCUCCAUAUAGGUUUUCAGGUUGCAGCGAUGGCGGUUCAGUUUGCAGCAUCAGCAACAUUUCUCACUAGCCUUCUUGCUCUUGCAACUACUCUUGCAACCUGCAAUACUGAAGGUGACAUACUGUACAAGCAAAGGCAAGUAUGGAGGGACGCGAACAAUGUGCUGGAGAGCUGGGAUCCUACCCUUGUCAAUCCCUGCACCUGGUUGCACAUCACUUGCAACAACGACAACUCUGUCAUCAGAGUGGAUUUGGGGAACGCAGGCCUCUCAGGCUCUCUGAUUCCUGAUCUGGGUGGACUGAAGAACCUCCGUUUUCUGAUGUUGUUUGAGAACAACCUGACAGGAUCUAUACCAUCAUCCCUUGGCAAUCUGAAAAGCCUUAUGAACUUGGAGCUUCAGAAGAAUGCGCUCAGUGGUGCUAUUCCGGCCUCCUUGGGCAACAUCAAAACACUGCAGUUCUUGCGGCUGAACGGGAAUAUGCUGACUGGAAAAUUGCCACAAGAAAUCCUCUCACUUGUCGCUGUUGGGAACUUGUCUGAACUAAAUAUUGCAAAUAACAAACUGGAUGGCACAGUUCGAUCAUCCCGACCAAGAGUGACUGCGAUUAUCCAGGACAAGCUGAAGACUGCUACCUGAGUUGACCGAGACAUUGUUAUUAUCUAUGCACUUGCUAGGAAAAAAUGAAUAAAUCCAGCGACAAUUUUAACCUAGUGAAUAUAACUUUAUUUGAUGCUAUGAGCUGGGACAUCUAUAGUUUCUAUAAAUGGAAAUAAACAGAAGAUGUUUAAAUUUUCCUGAAUGAGGAAAAAAUAAUUGUAACUUCUCGACAGAGAUUUUCAGAUGCAGAGCCAAAAAUUUGAGACGCACCAA